GUCUGUCCAUACUGCAUUUACUGUACAGCACCCUGUGAAUCCCUCUACAGCAGUCAGUUCAGGCACAUUAUCAUUUCUAUAUGAGAGAGGAUAAACACAGUCAAGAAUAUCAUACAGGCUGAAAACAACAAGGCUGAUCAGCAGGUUUCUUCCGAUUCUGAAGAACAUACAAUAGGGUGUGUCCUGUCCUGUUCAGCAAAAGUGAAAGUAAAAAUAUCAGACUGAGAUACAGAGUCUGUGAAAUGGUUGCUAAAAGUUUGAUUCUUGAGGCUCUGUUGCUCUGUAUGUUGUGAUAUUUUUAAAGAGCCUGUUAUCCUGAAAUGCAUGCACAGCUUCUGUAGAGUGUGUGUGCAGCAGUACUGGAAAGAGAAGAGCUCUCGAGAGUGUCCCAUCUGCAGGAGAAAGUCCUCUGUGGAAGUGCCUCCCGUAAACCUGGCCUUAAGAAGCAUUGUGGAGUCGUUCUCAAAGCAGAAGAGUGAGAGUGAAAUGGCCGACAAGAGUGACACUCACUGUAGUCUUCAUGGGGAGAAACUUCUCUUAUUCUGUGAACACGACAAAGAGCCUCUGUGUGUCAUCUGUCAGACUUCAAAAAGACACAGAAAUCACACGGUCUGUCCAGUGGAAGAAGCCGUAGUGGAGCUGAAGGAGGAAAUCAAGCCUGAAUUUAAUCUUAUUAAAGAAAAACUGAAGAGCUUUACUGAGGCUGAACAAGAAUGCAUGAAAACAGCAGAACAUAUCAGGAGUCAAUCCCAGCACACGGAAAAACAGAUAAAGGCAGAGUUUAAGAAGCUCCACCAGUUCCUGCGAGAGGAAGAGGAGGCCAGACUAGCUGCACUGAAGAAGGAGGAGGAGGAGAAGAGUCAGAUUAUUAAGGAGAAGAUAGAAAACAUCACAAGACACGUCUCCACCCUUACAGACAAAAUUACAGUUAUAGAGAAGGCCAUGGACACAGAAGACACCUCCUUUUUAAAGAACUACAAUAACAUCAAGGAAAGAGCCCAGUGCACACUGCAGGGCCCAGAGCUGCUCUCAGGGGCACUGAUAGAUGUGGCCAAACACCUGGGCAACCUGAAGUUCAGAGUCUGGGAGAAGAUGCUGGGGAUGGUGCAGUACACUCCUGUGAUGCUGGACCCCAACACUGCAGUCCCCUGGCUCUUUCUCUCUGAUGAUCUGACCACUGUGAGAAACACAGACUAUCACACCAGACAUUCUCCCAUUUGUCACCUCCCUUGUCAACUCCUCCCUGUCUUCCGGCUGUUUUCCGGCAUCCUUCAAGAGGGCCCACAUCACUCCGCUGCUAAAAAAGCCUGCUCUGGAUCCCUCCAUCAUCCAGAACUACCGCCCGGUAUCUCUUCUUCCUUUCCUUUCUAAAACUAUAGAACGAGCCGCUUCUACUCAACUUUCUUCUUUCUUUUCUAACAACAACCUGCUAGACCCCCGUCAGUCUGGCUUCAGAUCGGGCCACUCGACAGAGACUGCGCUCCUCUCCGUCAAUGAGUCACUCCAUGCCGCACGAGCAGCCUCCCUCUCCUCUGUCCUCAUUCUUCUAGAUCUCUCUGCUGCCUUCGACACUGUGGAUCACUCCAUCCUCCUGUCUGCCCUGUCAGCAACGGGCACCUGUGGCACAGCCCUGGACUGGAUUGAGUCCUACCUCUCUGGUCGCUCCUUCCAGGUUGCCUGGGCUGGUUCGGUAUCGACACCUCGGCCCCUCGCCACAGGAGUUCCCCAGGGCUCAGUCCUUGGCCCGCUUCUUUUUUCUCUUUACACUCGCUCCCUUGGCCCUGUGAUCACUGCACAUGGGCUAUCCUACCACUGCUACGCGGACGACACCCAACUCUUCGUCUCGUUCCCGCCGUCUGGGACAUCCAGAGCUGGAUGGACAACCACCAUCUAAAGCUCAACCCAGGCAAGACUGAAAUGAUAUUCAUCCCUGCUAAUACCUCUCCCCAUCUGGAUCUCUCCAUUUCCCUCGGGGAUACCACACUCACGCCAUCACCCAGUGCACGGAACCUCGGCGUGGUGAUGGACAGCAGACUGUCCCUUUCCGAGAACAUUGCGGCGGUGACCCGGUCUUGCAGGUUCUUCCUAUACAACAUACGGAGAAUCCGCCCCUUUCUCACCCCCUACUCGACCCAGCUCCUGGUCCAAGUGAUGGUUCUGUCCCGCCUGGACUACUGCAAUUCCCUCUUGGCUGGCCUCCCAGCGUCCGCCAUCAGACCCCUCCAACUCAUCCAGAAUGCAGCAGCUCGUCUGGUCUUCAACCUUCCCAAAUACUCACACGUCACCCCCCUGCUUACUUCCCUCCACUGGCUGCCUGUCAUGGCUCGCAUCAAAUUCAAAACAUUGGUGCUAGCCUUCCAAGCAGUUAAAGGGUCUUCCCCAGCUUAUCUACAAAAAGUCAUCAGACCCUACACCCCUGCCAGACCUCUUCGUUCAGCCUCCACAGGCCGCUUGGCACCUCCCCCUCUCCGAUCCUCCACCUCACGCUCACGACUACUGUCUGUUCUGGCUCCACGGUGGUGGAACAAACUCCCCGUUGAGGUCAGAACUGUAGAAUCUCUCCCCACCUUCAAGCGCAAGCUGAAGACACACCUCUUCAAGCAGCACCUCUCCCCACCCCUCCCUACCUCCCUGUGAACCUUAAUUGUUGUCUCUGUGACUUGCUUUGUGUAUCGGUAUUUUUAGUUGGCUAGGUAAGCAGUGUUUGGAUAAUUAACUUUGGUCACUUUUGCUCUGUUUGUUUGUUUCUUUGUUCCAAAAAAAAAUAAAUAAAUAAAAAUAA